AUGGAAGGUGUGUUCCAAGGAGUUAUCACCGCAGCAAAGAGCCCUCCUAAUGAGCAGGGCAGACAGAUUGGUGAGGACUCCAGCUCUACACCCCUGGUUCCUGAGCCCUACCUAAAACUCUACAGCGGGAAAGGUGUUGGUGCUGGUGAGCCAGAAGGUUUUGGUGUGGCCAAGAGAGGUGAUGCUCCAGCUGAGUUAGUGGGCUUUCUAACUGUGGGGAAGUCCACGCAGUUCGGUAGCUUGGCUGAAGUAUAUUCCGAGGUGGCCGCCGGGAUUCACUCUGCUGACCGCUGUGUCAUCAGACACAAAGGAACCAAGAUCCAGCUCCUGGACCCCUCAAAUAUCGUUGAGAGCGUCAAGGACGGGAAAGGCAGAGAAGCCGCCAAGUCACUGCAGUGGCCCCACUGUGUCACUUGA